AGGCCCCGCGUAGCGGCGGCUGAGGGAGGUGGGACGGGAGGGAAAGGAGGAAGGGAACGGGAGGAAGGAGGAGAAGGAGAAGGGACGAAAGGGAGGCCGGGCCGCGAUGCCGCUGUACGAGGGGCUCGGCAGCGGCGGAGAGAAAACCGCCGUGGUGAUCGACCUGGGACAGGCCUUCACCAAGUGUGGGUUUGCAGGAGAAACAGGACCAAGAUGCAUCAUCCCCAGUGAAAUCAAGAAACCUGAUGUCUCCAAGCCUGUCAAGGUGGUUCAGUACAACAUCAAUACAGAAGAGCUGUAUUCCUACCUGAAGGAAUUUAUCCACAUGCUGUAUUUCAGGCAUCUGCUGGUGAAUCCCAGGGACCGGCGUGUUGUGAUCAUAGAGUCAGUCCUGUGCCCUUCACACUUCAGGGACACCCUCACCAGGGUCCUUUUCAAGCAUUUUGAGGUACCUUCUGUUUUGUUUGCUCCAAGUCACCUGAUGUCUCUCCUGACCCUGGGCAUCAACUCUGCCAUGGUGCUGGACUGUGGAUAUGCAGAGAGCUUGGUGCUGCCUAUCUAUGAGGGAAUUCCAAUCCUGAGUUGCUGGGGUUCCCUUCCCCUGGGAGGAAAGGCCAUCCACAAGGAGCUGGAGUUGCAGCUGCUGGAGCAGUGCACGGUGGAUACAGGACUGGCCAAGGGACAAAGCCUUCCCUCUGUGAUGGGGUCAGUCCCAGAAGACAUAGUAGAGGAUAUAAAAGUCCGCACUUGCUUUGUGAGCGAUCUCCAACGGGGGCUGAAAAUCCAGGCAGCCAAGUUCAACAUCGAUGGCAGUGCUGAGCGUCCCUCUCCGCCUCCAGACGUGGACUAUCCUUUGGAUGGAGAGAAGAUCCUCCAUGUGGUUGGCCCCAUCAGAGACUCCGUGGUGGAAAUCCUGUUUGAGCAGGAUAAUGAAGAGACAUCUGUUGCCACUUUGAUCUUGGAUUCACUUGUUCAGUGCCCGAUAGACACCAGGAAGCAGCUGGCAGAGAACCUGGUGGUGAUCGGGGGCACUGCAAUGCUGCCGGGCUUCCUGCACCGCCUCAUGGCCGAGAUCAGACACCUGGUGGAGAAACCCAAGUACAAGGAAGCUCUGGCCACUAAAACCUUCAGGAUUCACACUCCCCCUGCCAAAUCCAACUGUGUGGCCUGGCUGGGAGGAGCCAUUUUUGGAGCCCUCCAGGACAUCCUUGGCAGCCGCUCUGUGUCCAAGGAAUAUUACAGCCAGACAGGUCGAAUUCCUGACUGGUGCUGCCUCAACAACCCCCCUCUGGAGAUGAUGUUUGAUGUUGGAAAAGCACCCCCACCACUGAUGAAAAGAGCUUUUUCCACAGAGAAAUGAGCACCUCAAUCCACACAAGGAUUCUGCCCCGUUCCAAUUACACCCAUGUGCAUUGGGGUUGAUUUUUGUUCAUUAAUUUGUGUGUAACACUAUUAAAUAUGAACAAUGUGGGUGUUGUCAGGGUAGGCACUAACACUAUUUAAAACCCUGUCCAGUUCUAGUUUACAAACUUAACUCUGGCGACUCCUCUGCUCUUCUGUCUUGUUUUGGAGAAAUUCUGUCCCCUCAUGAGCUGUUCCCUACUGAGUUGUUUAUUAUUUAUCUGUAUAGUAAAUGGCAUUGCUUGGAGAAUUUGGUUUAAGGUAUUUUCAUUUUAAGCAUGCUGAGAAGAAUGAACAGCACUAGGGAAACACCUGUGGGAAUUUUUUUGUGCCAAAUUCUGUAUUAAAAUGUUCCAUCCUUG